GACAGAAAAUCCCAGGCAGUACGAGCAAAGAUGGUGGAUGUCCUCUAGCUAGCUAAUAUUAGACCAGUCGUAGUCACAGCCACUGUCUAACGUUUGUCAUUCAAUGUAACUCAAAAUGUCUGUUGCUUUUGUACCGAAAAGACAUAGAGGAAAAGCUCAGAUCAACCAAGAAACCAUUCAAAGAUUACUGGACGAAAAUGACCAGCUGGUAAGGUGCAUCACAGAGUACAUGCAGAAAGGACGCGCAAUGGAAUGUGUACAAUAUCAACAGAUCUUGCACCGCAACAUUGUUUACCUGGGAACCAUAGCAGACGCCAGCCAAACUUGGCUCCAACCACAAACAUCCCCACCAAUGGAGAGGCACCAACAUUGACAGCCCAGAAUGGACAUAAAGCUAUUAUACAUAAUAGGCAAUUUCCUCUGAAUUGAUUCACAUCAUUUUAUUGAAAAUAAAAUUUGCAAUUUUUUUCCUGA